UUAAAGCGUAUAAUUAGUGAAAAAAUAGUGAAAUUGCGGUGUAAUGGUACUUUGUAGGUGAUUUUUUGGCUUCAUCGUGGUUGGAUAAGGUUUUCCCUUAAAACACCAGAAUUCUCUUGAAGAAAUGAACCCGCUACAAACAGAUGAUGUCAAAAUUAAAUCAUCAAAACUCCCAACCCUCAUCUCAAAAAAGCAACACAAAGACGAAAAUCGAAAAAAAUUCAAGGAAUUCGUCAACCUUCUUGCCCACACUAAACAAGAGGCCGGCGAAAAAAUCCUCAUCCUCAAAAGCCAAUACAACACCUCCAAACUAUCCCUCACCUCCCGUACCUCCUCCACUACCUCCCUUACAUCACCACCACCCUUACGCGACCCCAGGAACGCCAUAGGCAUCCCCACAUCACCUUCCACGCCUCCCAGGCAACCUCCACCUUACCGAAACCCUCCUCCCGUUGUUUCUCCCAAUUCCUCCUUCGAUUCCAUUAGUUUGAGUUCGACCUCCACUGUGGACGACCGUCCACAGGCACCUCCAAGACGAAGAAGCGGUUCGGAGGAGAAGAGGAACGUUUUGCCUGGCGGUGUGGUGUCGUCUUUAGCGGGAAAUGGUGCUGGUAAGGAGGUGUUGAGUGUGAAAGAAAGGACGCAACAGUUUAACAGGAUGGCUUCGACUGAGGAGGAAUUGACGCCUACCAAGACGCCUAAAAGUGCUGAGAAGGAAAAGAAAAAGUCUAGGGGUGUUAGCGAUGACUCAGAGACAUCUACACAAACUCCCAUUGAUGCUAAGAAGUGUCAGGAAUGGUAUGUGACAACCAGCAAGGGAGAUUUGCAGGAAUUGCUAAAAUUAGCAAAGGAAGAGCCAAGACUAGUCAACAAAAAGGACCCUUUUACGUAUAAUGUACUGCAUUGGGGUGCAAAACAUGGAAACGAAGAAAUAAUUAAAAUCUUUACAGGCUCGUACAAAGUUGACAUCAACAGUCGCACGAACGGGGGUUACACGCCUUUACACAUAGCAGCACAGUUCGCGCAUAAAGAUUUUUUUAAGAAGCUUCUCCAAGACUACCAUGCUGACCCGAAUAUUCGGGACUACAGCGGUCGUACUCCGGAGUACUACCUCCUAGCCAAGCAGCAGAAGGAGAACAACGUGCUGACAGUGAGGAAAAUUAAAGGAAGGAAAAAACAAUCAGGUAAAGCAGACAAAGAUUUAGGGUUUUUGAGGAUAGGUUCGUUUAAUGUGAGAGUAAAGAAAACCACAGAAGCAUUCAGUAACUUUCUGGGAGUAGGAAGUAGCAGUUCUGUCACUCCUGUUGAUUCAAUGUCAGAUAAAGUACACAAAGGAUGGGGAUCAGCAGAUAAUCUCAACAAAGAAAUCAUUAUGGGACCUCCUAAAAACUACGGUUCUAGAAAAAAAUCGAAGAAAAAUGAGACAUCGAUGGGUAGUAUACCAUCAACGCCCAAGACACCCACAAAAAACUACUCUUCGACUAGUUUGCCUAUCGCAAAUACCAACAAUGAUUCGGAUUCAGACAGUGCAGCUGGGUUUGAUUCUAGUUGGAAAAAAUAAAAUAUAUUUUUUUGUAUAUUUUCUCAAAACAUUCCUUAUUUAUUUAUUGAUAAAUAUAUAAAUAUGUAAAUAGGUAUUGAUAGAAUGGCGAAUAAGGCCAAAAUGGUACGAGAUUGUUCUAUAAACAAUUUAAAAUAUAUACAGAUUCUACAGUUUGUUUUGUUACAUACAUAUUUGUAUAUAUAUUUUAUUUUUGAGAUUGAUUUUUAAGUAUAUUUUUUAGAAAUUUUUAAAUGUCAGUUUUUCAUUUUUUUUUCUAAAGGAACUUUUCUUAAUUCUAUCCAACAUCCAGUGGGCCUAGUAUUUUAUAAAGCUCAGUAAAAGUUGUUCAUAGCUGUUUGAAAGAAAUGGCGAAUGCGCUAGGAUUCUAUUAAGCUGCUUUCACGGUAAUAUUUUUUAAAAAUGGAGUUCUUGAAAAAGCUUCAAAACGGUCGAUAAUCAUGUGUGGAUGAUAACGGUAAGCUAAAUAAGAUUUCUUUGCUUUUUAAUAUAUUUUCCACAUAUAUUUUACGUUUGAUAUAUUUAAUACAUAUGUAUUAGAUAUACCAUGUGAUCCAAAAUAAAUAAAAACGGCAUCAAAGUUGGCUUUGAAAUGAAAAUCGCUGUCAUUUUAUAUGUAAAAUUAUAUUAUGGAGAAUAUCAUCGACCAUCUUUUCCCAGCCAACUUGACGUCUUUUUUCGAUUAUACGGCAUUAUAGAGGUAUCAUAAUGUAUUCUAUAUAAUUUGCCAAUAACAAUACGGUUAUUUUUCUAUUAGAUAAGAAUUAUACUCUUGUU